UUCAUGACUGGGACAGAGUGCCGGGGUCUGGUCAGCUCCUGAUGGCCUGAUGGUCCGUCAAUAGCAGGCAGUUUUUCCAUUACUGACUCUGAGUGACCUGGGAGAUGGACAGACAGGACCCUGGAGAGAAGCAGGCAGAGACUAAUAGGACUGUGGCCACCACCCCCACUACAUCAGCAGCUGUCACCAUGGCAACAGCCAGCUCUGGCAGCACCACGUGCACCCAGGCGCCCUGUGCUUCCCUCAGCAUCAUCUCACCCGACAGACAGGCGGUCCAGGUGAUCCAGCAUGCCAUCCACAGACCUCAGAGCAUGGCGGCCCAGUACCUGCAUCAGAUGUACGCAGCCCAGCAGCAGCACCUCAUGCUGCAGACAGCCGCCCUGCACCAGCACCAGCACAACCCCCAUCUGCAGAGUCUGGCCACCAUACAGCAGGCUUCAGUCUGUCAGAGGCAGUCGCCCUCUUCAUCCAGCGGCAGUUUGGUUCAUCAGCCUGCUGGCGUUUCCCAAAACUCAAUAACUUUACCAGCAUCUCCAGUGACAGCACAGCUGAUUGGUCGAACCCAAACCUCCACUGGUGCUGCGACCACCAUAUCCCAGCAGACCAUGCUCCUGGGAAACAGACCCGCCAACUGUAACCAAGCUCAGAUGUACCUUCGCACUCAGAUGCUCAUUCUAACCCCUGCUGCCACGGUGGCUGCAGUUCAGUCAGACCUCCCUGCUGUCACCUCCUGCUCCUCCUUACCUACCUCCUCUCAGGUGCAGAAUCUCGCUCUGCGUGCCCACUUGCCUGGAGCUCUGGCCGCCGCCCACAGUGUGAUUUUAAAGCCAUCCACCCAGACACAAGCCGUGACUUCGGCCAACUCUUUAUCCAAGACGUCAGUCUGCGGGACGAAAACCAACCAGCUGACAGACACCCCAACAGAAACUGGAACGGCUGAUGUCACCAGGCUGGCCUCAGCAGCUCAGAUUAUAACCCCAGCUUACUCUCCAGUGCAGACCCACGCUCUGGUCAAGCAGCAGCUGUCCUGUCCACCAGGUCAGCGGGUUGCGCACCACCAGCUCAUCCUCCAGCAGGCGACAGGAGGAGCUCCAAACCACAGGCAGCUCCAGCCCAUUGCCCUCAGAGUCGCACCACCAGAAACAAACUCCAGCGCUCUUCCUCUUUCAGUUAAAAGAAUGACCACCCCCAGCACCCAGUCGCAAACCAACAACGACCCCCAAAACCCCUCCUGCUCUUCUUCUUCUCCUCCAUCUGGCACCAGCGUGUUUGCAUCCUCAGCUCCGACCUCAAUCCCAGCCGCCACCAUUCAGCCUCAGCCUCCGCCUCUGGUGGCCGCUCCACAGCGUCGGACCUCAUUUCCACAAGUGCAGAACCAGCCUCCACCUCCUCCUCCGCCUCUGGUUCUCCCCAGGCUGCCCCAGAACCCCCCCGCCUCCCUCCAGAGACUGUCCCUCCACUCGGUCCAGGCUGUGGCUGUCCAGUCGGGACAGGUGCUGCUGACGGAGCAGGAGCUGCCUGUAGCAGAGGCUCUGGUCCAGAUGCCCUACCAGAACCUCCCACCUCCUCAGACGGUGGCUGUCAAUCUGAAAGUGCACAGAGUCCGACAAAAUGAAACGCCAUCGUCGGGGCAAACGUGCAAAGUGAAUGGAUUGAGCUCAGAGGAGAGGAAAAAUGAACGUUCCCCCAAUCCACAGCGAGACAGGAGCCUGACACCUCUCAAUGGACCUCCAAAGCAGAAUGGUGCAGCAGUGAUGGAUUCAUCCUCCAUCACAUCGAGUCGUUCAGUGAUCAGGUCACCAGUGGUGGAGGAGCCCUCCCAGCUCACCACCACCUCCUCCACCACCACCACCACCACCACCACCAGCAGCAGCAACCCUCCUCCUCCAUCUCCUCCUCUACCUCCUCUGGUCCUGCCAGCUGCAGUCAGAGGCCCCAGCCAGCCGCCCUCCUCCCCAACCAGCGUCCCAGGGAGCCCUGACAGGAUUCACACAUCCCACGUCCUUACACACCUCAUAGAGGGCUUCGUCAUCCGAGAGGGCCUGGAGCCGUUCCCGGUGGUCUCGUCCUCGCUGUUAGCGGACCAGCAGGCUUCACUUCCUGAAUCUCAGGAAAUCCAAACCAACGGGGACGCAGCAGCAGAGGACAGUCCGCUGGAUGCUGACCAGUCGGAUUCAACAGACUCAGAAAUGGACGACGACGGCCCUGCAGCAGAUGUUGCAGAGCUGGUGGAGAGUGUGUCAGGUGUGCUGCAGUGCGAGUUCUGCGGGAGCCGAGGUUACUCUCACACCUUCCUGCGCUCCAAACGCUUCUGCUCCAUGGCAUGUGUCCGCAGGUUCAGUGUGAGCUGCACCAAGCGGAUCACUGUGCUGAGAGCAGGUCGCUGGGGUCACAGGCCGAUGGGCCGGAGAGGACGACCCCCCAGCAGCAGAGUCAACGGAGCCUCCCGAGAACACUUUCUGAGACAGGCUCGUGGGUCGUUUGACUCAGAGGAGACCCGGCAAAGAUCAGUGAGAGAAGAUGAAGAGCAGGAACAGAACAGAAAAGAAGAUGAGCCUCCCGUUCCCAUGACAACCAGGCUCCGGAAACAGGCCGAGAGAGCGCGCGAGAGAGAGAAAGACCAGGAGAGAGAGCAGGAGAGAGCGCAGGAGAGAGAGCAGGAGCAGACGAUGACAGAAACAAUCAGUGUUUCUGAUGGAGAAGAGGACGAAGACGUCGGCUGUCCGUCUCAGUGGAACGUAGAACGAGUGUUUUCUUUUAUCAACUCCCUGCCAGGUGGUCAGGAUGUAGCCGAGGAGUUUCGCUCUCAAGAAAUAGACGGACAGGCUCUGCUGCUUCUGACAGAGGAGCACCUGGUCAGCACCAUGAACCUUAAACUGGGACCAGCACUCAAACUGUGCGCCCACAUUAACUCUCUGAAAGAUGCAUAAAACAUUUCUACUCUCCAUCAGUGGAUUUGAGUUGAUGAAGAAAAACAGGACGGAGUUUUUAACUUUCCACCUCUGCAGAGACAACAAAUAAAGCGACUUUGAUUUGUCCUCGGACUCACACAAAGACGGUUAAAACAGACUGAGCCCACUGCCAACGAUUUCACUGCCGAGUGAAGUCAAAACUCUGCAACAGCUGAUUUUAACACAAAGCUGAGCAGCUCUUUUGAUCUCCUCUCCUCACGCGAUUGUAGCUCCGGUUAUCCAUUUGUUUCAAAAUGGCAAAAUUAAAAACUUUGUAUCAUUUGUAAACAAAG